AUGUUCUCGUCCAACACUUCAAACCUCCCUGUCACAAACGGUAACAACAACAACAACAGCAAUGGACACGCAUAUCGGAACCAGCUAUCACGCCCCCGACAAAGAAUUAUUGUCGCCAUGACAGGUGCCACCGGUUCAAUGCUCGGCAUCAAAACGCUCAUUGCCCUGCGUCACCUCAACGUCGAAACACACCUCAUCCUCAGCAAAUGGGCCGAGGCCACCCUUAAAUAUGAAACAGACUAUACCGUGGCCAAUGUCCGCGCCCUCGCUGACCACGUCCACAGCAUCCACGACAUGGCUGCCCCUAUUGCCAGCGGGUCGUUCCGCGUUGACGGCAUGGUCGUGGUGCCAUGCAGCAUGAAGACUCUAGCAGCCGUCAGCCACGGAUUCUGCGACGACUUGAUUGCGCGAGCUGCGGAUGUGGUACUCAAAGAGCGCCGGAAGCUCGUCCUGGUGACGCGCGAAACGCCACUCAGUGCUAUUCAUUUACAAAAUAUGCUCGAGGUUUCGCGCGCCGGGGCGGUCAUAUUUCCACCCAUGAUGACGCUUUACACGCGACCAGGCAGCGUUGGAGAGAUGAUCGACCAUUCAGUGGGACGGAUGUUAGACUUGUUUGGCCUGGAUACGGGGGAGUUUGAACGGUGGGAGGGAUGGAGGAAGGACUAG